AUGACGUCGCCUGGGUAUAAAAAAGGGAAGAGGUUCAGAUGGAUUAUACUCCGAGCAGCCCUCUGGGUUGAGAUCAGUAAACAGGCGAGAGUUGAGGGGGGAAAGUUCCAGGGGUGGAUCCUGCGCACACGCACACACACCGCACACGCGCGCACAGACACACACGCACACUCUGCCCGCAAGCCGCCCUCGGAAAAGGCUCUGUUCUUCUCGCUCCGAACCCUUUUUAAAAUUUAUCCGAAAAGUUUCGAUUUCGUGUCCUUCCAGCCUCUCCCCCCCCCUUCCCCAGCCACCACCUACCCUCCCUCCCGCCCUCCUCCCUCCCUCCCCCGGCCGGUCCCCGCCGCCCUGCCCCGCACGGUUUGGGGCAUGCCUGUGAGCAUGUUCAGCAUCGACAAUAUCCUGGCGGCCAGACCUCGCUGCAAGGACUCGGUGCUGCUGCCCCCGAGCGCCGCGCCCGUCGUCUUCCCCAGCCUCCACGGGGACUCGCUCUACGGCAGCGCCUCCGACUACGGCGGAUUUUACUCCCGGGCGGUGGCUCCCGCCUCCGCGCUGCCGCCGGCCGUCACUGGAUCUCGGCUCGGCUACAACAACUACUACUACGGGCAGCUGCAUGUGCCGGCGUCCCCCGUGGGCCCUUCGUGCUGCGGGGCCGUGCCGCCGCUGGGCGCCCAGCAGUGCUCCUGUGUCCCCCCCGCAGGUUACGAGGGCACUGGGUCAGUCCUGAUGUCCCCUGUUCCCCAUCAGAUGUUGCCCUACAUGAACGUGGGCACUUUGUCCCGGACGGAGCUGCAGUUACUGAACCAGCUGCACUGCAGGCGAAAAAGGCGGCACCGGACUAUCUUCACUGACGAGCAGCUGGAAGCGCUGGAAAACCUCUUCCAGGAAACGAAAUACCCAGACGUGGGCACCAGGGAACAGCUGGCCAGAAGGGUGCACUUAAGAGAGGAAAAAGUCGAGGUUUGGUUCAAAAACCGCCGGGCGAAGUGGAGGAGGCAAAAACGAUCGUCUUCGGAGGAAUCAGAAAACGCGCAAAAGUGGAAUAAAGCGAAUAAAACGUCACCGGAGAAGAGACAAGAGGACGGGAAAAGUGACUUGGACUCUGACAGCUGAUACUUCUAAGUGGG